AAAAAUAUAUAAAUUCAUAUAUUUACACCUAUAUAUAUACAUACUCUCUCUUGAUUCAUACCACAUAUAUGCACAUAUAAAUGGGAAGAAAAAACGUUGAAGUGGAAGGUGCAACAUCUUCAUCAAUUGAAUGUUGUAUGUGUGGAGAUCAUGGCGUCUCUUCAGAACUCUUCUUAUGUAGUGCCUGCGGAUUCCGAUCACAACACAACAAUCUGUAUCCGGGAGCUGAAUCGUACGACAUUUGCAACUGGUGCAUCAAUCGAAAAGGGGAAGAGACCACAAAGUCGUCGCAAAAUUCGUCUCACAAAACGGAUCAUCGCGAUGUGAAGAUGAAAAAGGGUAAGAUCGACAUUAAUCUUAAAAAUAGAAGAGCAAUUGGUAACGGAAGCAAGAGGGAGAAUAAAACAGCGGUGGCUGCGCCGCCGCCAUUGGCCGGAAGGAAGAGGGUGACGAGCGAUCGCGGCGGGGUUUGUGGUGAGAGGAGGAUUAUUAAACCUGUUUUUAGAAAUAAGGUGAGAAGGUAUAAGCUGUUAGAUGAAGUCUCGAGCUAAUGAAUCAACACUUUUAUUCUCACAAUUUGCAAUGAUCUCAUCUGGCUCCUCUCUAGCCAAAUAUGUGGUCGCCACCCACCACACAAACACGUGUCUUCUUCGUAAAGGAGUGAGUUAACAUAGUCAUAACAGUUUCCCAUGUUUAAAUUCUGAUUGUCAUAUCAUCACAUAUUUCAUCGGAAAUUAGAUGAUUGCGGAAUUUGUGGUUCGUGAUUUAAUUUUUAGAUUUUGAAAAAGUGUAGGAGGGACCAGAAUUUUACCCUCUAUCAUGAUUUAUUCGAAAAUUACCAACAUUUGAGUUUUGGUGGACAUAUAAUUCCUCAAAUUAUUGGAUGGAAAUGUUUGGCACUGCCGCUUCUAUUAUUCAACUACUUUGUCUGGGAGAGAAAAUUGUAAACUUUGGUUAUACUUAUGGGGUCGACUUCAAUAAUGACCUCACGUUUUGAAUAUUUCUUUUGGAUAUAGUAAAUAAAAAAAAAUCUUAACAACUA